AUGGCGGCAUAUUGCCAAGAAGUCAAAAAUCUAUCUGAUCAGCUAACUAAUGUCGAGGCUCCUGUAGACAAUCAGCGGCUUGUUCUACAGCUUAUUUCCAGGCUCUCAGAUCAAUACGACAACAUCACCACUCUUUUCCAACAAUCCACUCCGUUACCCGACUUCUACACCGCCCGCUCUAAACUUUGUCUUGAGGAAACCAGAAAAUCGCUGCAUAACCCACCCGCCACCGCCCUCACUGCCUCCAUCACCGCACCAGCAGCGAACAUCGCCGACACAACCUCCUCUGAUCAGCGGGACAACAGAACAUAUUCUCAGUCGCAGCAGCCCCGGUCCUCUGAUCGGGGCCAUUCGGAUGGAUCUUAUCGUGGACGGGGUCGAGGUGGACAGGGCAGAGGAAGGGGACGCAGACGUGGGCGCGGUUUCUCCUACUCCCAACAACCUCCAUGA